AUGGCGACCGGUGGAGACCCAGAGGAGGAGCAGGUAGUUCCAAACGAAGAGGAAGAAGCCGAUGUGAGAGCCGUGCAGGCCCGCUACCUCCGGAGUCCCUCCCCAAGCCAGUACUCGGUGGUCUCAGAAGCAGAAACUGAAAGCAUUUUCAUGGAGCCCAUCCAUCUCUCCUCAGCUGUCGCUGCCAAACAGAUCAUUAAUGAAGAACUCAAGCCUCGGGGUCUCAAAACAGACACCGAGUGUCCAGGCAUGCUGGAGUCUGCCGAACAGCUGCUGGUAGAAGACCUGUACAACCGUGUCAGGGAGAAGAUGGAUGACAAGAGCCUGUUCAACACCCCCUGUGUGCUGGACCUGCAGCGGGCGCUGAUCCAGGACCGGCAAGAGGCCCCUCGGAAUGAGGUGGAUGAGGUCUGGCCCAACGUCUUUAUCGCCGAGAAGAGCGUGGCUGUGAACAAGGGGAGGCUCAAAAGGCUGGGAAUCACCCACAUCCUGAAUGCUGCACAUGGCACAGGCGUUUACACUGGCUCUGAAUUCUACACCGGCCUGGAGAUCCAGUACCUGGGGGUGGAAGUGGAUGACUUCCCGGAGGUGGACAUCUCCCAGCAUUUCCGGAAGGCAGCUGAGUUCCUUGAUGAAGCACUGUUGACCUACCGAGGAAAAGUCCUGGUCAGCAGCGAGAUGGGCAUCAGCAGGUCAGCAGUGCUGGUGGUCGCCUACCUGAUGAUCUUCCACAGCAUGGCCAUCCUGGAGGCCUUGAUGACCGUGCGCAGAAAGCGGGCUAUCUACCCCAAUGACGGCUUCCUAAAACAGCUGCGGGAACUCAACGAGAAACUGAUGGAGGAGAGGGAGGAGGAGUAUGGUGAGGAGGAGGGUGAGGAGGAUGCCAGGAGCACGCUGGGUGCUAGAGUAAAUUCACUCAUGGUGGAAGAAGAAGAUGAUGCCACCAGCCACCUGAGUGGCUCCUCCUUGGGGAAGGUCAGCCAGGUCUCCAAGCCAGUCACCCUCAUUGAUGAAGAGGAGGAAGAGAAGCUAUAUGAAGAGUGGAAGAAGGGGCAGGGCCUCCCCAAAGGCGAGGCUGCUCAGGGUCAAAAGGGUAGUUGCUCUGCCUCCUCGGCCCAGGAUGGGAACGACAGUGAGGAUGAGGAUGUGGAAAGGAUAAUCCAGGAGUGGCAGAGACGAAAUGAGAGGUACCAAGCCAAAGGGCACCAACAAUGGAGUCAGGAGGAAGAAGAGGAGGAACAGAGCCCCUAUGUCAGCAGAAGGCGCAGACACACCCUAAGUGAGAGCAGCGCCUCGGAGAGCGUCAGCAGCCAGGACAUCCGGGUCUUGAAGCAGCAGCUGGAGAGGAGCAGCCAAAGCCGCAGUGGAAGACGCCGCUCUGACUCUGAGUCUACAGAGAGCACGUGGGACAUGUGGAAUGAGAGGCUGCUGGAGAUCGAGAGGGAGGCUGCCAGGAAGUACCACUCCAAGAGCAGGCGGGAGGAGAUGAAUGCUGAUUCAGAGGCAGGGAGCAGGGUCCGAGAAGAUGACGAGGCGAGCGUGCUAUCCGAGGCCAGCUCCUUCUACAACUUCUGCAGCAGGAACAAGGACAAGCUCACUGCCCUGGAAAGGUGGAAGGUUAAGAGAAUCCAGUUUGGAUUUCACAAGAGAGACUCAGAGGUGGGAGAUGGAAGCAGUGAGCACGGCACAGAAGAGCCAGCAGCGGAGAAGAACCUCUCUGAUGUCAACCUGACAGCCUACCAGGCCUGGAAGCUGAAGCACCAGAAAAAGGUGGGCAGUGAGAACAAAGAGGAGGUCGUGGAGAUGAGCAAGGGAGAGGACGCAGCGUUGGCCAAGAAGAGACAACGGAGACUGGAGUUGCUGGAGAGAAGCCGGCAGACGCUGGAAGAGAGCCAGUCCAUGGGAAGCUGGGAGGCCAACAGCUCAGCUGCCAGCGGGAGCAUCCCUCUGUCUGCAUUCUGGUCUGCGGCCCCCUCGGUCAGUGCAGAUGGGGACACAGCGUCAGUGCUGAGCACCCAGAGCCAUCACUCUCAACUGUCCCAGCCUGCAAGUAGCAUGGCCGCCACCCCCCUGCCCAACCUGCCAGUGGGGCCUGGAGACACCAUUUCCAUUGCCAGUAUCCAGAACUGGAUUGCCAGCGUCGUCAAUGAGACCCUCGCGCAGAAGCAAAACGAAAUGCUCCUGCUGUCGCGCUCGCCCUCGGUUGCCAGCGUGAAGGCGGCACCCACAGCCAGCUGCCUGGGGGAUGACCAGGCCUCAGUGCUCAGCGCCCCCCUAAGUGGACGCUCUGACGUGCAGUCUGUGCUGUCCUCCACCAGCUCGCUGACCUCUGGGGCUGGAGGCGGCGGAAACAGAGUGAGGGGGACCAGCAAGCCCAUCUACAGCCUCUUUGCUGACGAAGUGGACCUAAAGGAGCUGGGCCGGAAGGAGAGAGAGAUGCAGACGGAGCUGCAGGAGAAGAUGUCCGAGUACAAAAGGGAGAAGCUGGCCUCCGACAGCAAGCGCAGCUCUCUCUUCAAGAAGAAGAAGGCCAAGGAGGACGAGGGCAGCAGCGCGGGGGACAGAGAGGAGGAUGCGGACAGCGCCAUCGGCAGCUUCCGCUAUUCCUCCCGCAGUAACUCCCAGAAGCCCGAGACAGACACCUCCUCCUCCCUGGCCGUCUCCGAUCACUAUAGAAACGGAGCCGGCAGCCGGAAGGAGAGCGACAUUAGCACGUGGCUCAGCGGCCUCAGGCCGGAAGGCAGGUCUCCUCCCCAAAGCGAUUGGUCUGGAGGCUCCAGGGGGAGGUCCACCAGGUCUUCCCGGCUCCGCGAAACGCAAUCUAAAUCGUGCAGUUACAAGUUCUCCAAGUCCCGGUCAGAGGAGCAGGACACCACCUUCCACGCGGCGGACGGCAACGCUGUGAGAAGCACCUCGCGCUUCUCAUCCUCUGCCACCAAGGAGGCCAGGGAGAUGCACAAGUUCUCCAGGUCCACGUUCAGCGAGACCUCCAGCUCCCGCGAGGGGAGCCCAGAACCCUAUUUCUUCCGCCGGACCCCUGAGCCCUCCGAUGGGGAAGAGUCUCCAGAGCCAAGGCGCCCAAACUGGGCCAGGCCCAGGGACUGGGAGGAUGUGGAAGAAUCAUCCAAGACAGACUUCGCUGAGUUUGGGGCCAAGAGGAAAUUCACCCAGAGCUUCAUGAGGUCUGAAGAGGAGGGAGAGAAAGAGAGGACGGAGAACAGAGAGGAAGGGAGGUUCGCCUCGGGCCGCCAGUCCCAGUUCCGGAGAAGCACAAACCGGCAAGAGGAAGAAGAAAUGGACGACGAAGCCAUCAUUGCUGCCUGGAGACGGCGGCAAGAAGAAACCAGAACUAAACUUCAAAGGAGGCGGGAGGACUGA